AUGCGAGUACCCUUGGUUCAACGAAGCAAGCUCUUCGACGGGCCCCUUCCGCUCCCAUGUGUUUUCCCACCAGCGACUUCAAAACCGUCCAUCCCGCAGCGGUCCUCGACGAAGAACGGUUUGAGCAUUUCAAACGGGGACAAUGACACCAUCAGAGGUCAUCAAUAUGUGACGCUAAAAGUAUACACGCGCGAUGAAGGCAACCAGGACGAGUUUCAGAUUCAUAAGCAACUAGAUCAAGGGAGUUCAUGGCACCUUGGCCAUGCUCAUAUAAGGAAAGCACUGGAUCUCUUCACAAUUCCCCGUUCUGGUGGUAACCAUCCUUGCCUUGUUCAAAAACCAAUGUGGGAAAGCUUCAAAGAUCUACUAUACCGUACCGCCAACCAUCGAUUUACUGAAGAUCUACUCAAAGCUGGUUUUAUACAGGUUUUUCUUGCACUUGACUAUCUGCACACUGAAUGCAAGCUUGUCCACACUGAUAUCAAAAGCGGCGAUAUCCUUCAAGAAAUCGAGGACAAGUCAAUCCAUAAAAGACUUACCCAGACUGAGCUGAAGAGCCCUUCACCUCGCAAAAUUGUCAAUGGUUCCCGGCCUAUGCUUCCCGACGUUUUGACCUGCCAAAGCUGUUUGGCCGGGUAG